AUAUCAAACUAGCUAGCUACACUUCACAUAUAUCAACCAAUGGGUCGAGUCACUACUCCACCAGAGGAGAAUCCCAAAAAUGGUUUCCCGGCUCAGCAAACCGGUACACCGAGUCAAUUCGCUCCACCAAACUAUCAUCAAGCUAAUGUUAAACUAUCUGUCGGGAGUCCAUGGAGGACUGGUUUGUUUGAUUGUCAAGAAGACCAAACCAAUGCCGUUAUGACAUCAAUCUUACCUUGUGUGACAUUUGGACAAAUAGCGGAAGUAGUGGAUGAAGGAGAGAUGACUUGCCCUCUUGGAAGUUUCAUAUACUUGUUGAUGAUGCCGGCUUUAUGCUCACAGUGGGUAAUGGGAUCAAAGUACAGGGAAAAAAUAAGAAGAAAAUUUAAUCUUGUGGAAGCUCCUUAUUCAGAUUGUAUCACUCAUGUCUUUUGCUCUUGUUGCGCUCUUUGUCAAGAAUACAGAGAGCUCAAGGCUAGGAAUCUUGAUCCUUCUUUAGGUUGGAAUGGGAUACUUGCUCAAAGACAAGGGCAUUAUGAGAGUGAAGCACCAAGUUCUGCUCCUCCAAAUCAGUAUAUGUCAAAGUAAUUUAUUCUUAACUGAUCAACCUUAUUUGCGGACCAUUAUACAAUGCAAGUGUGUUAUAUCAUAUGUAUUAUAAUUUCCAAUGCAAGUGUGGGAUUAUUUUUU